ACUAGUUCCCAGGCUUUUAUAGCGGUGACAUCACCACGGUGCCAUUUCAAAACAACAUGGCGGCCGCCGAGGAGCCAGAAAGACCCUCUAAAGAAAAAGUUGUUUUUUGCCAAGACGGUGUUUUCGUUCACACCGCUGUACCGAUUACAACACACAGCGCAAAUAUUAUACCGGGUAGAGUUACGAUCAUCGAAAAGAAUAAUAACACAUUUGUAGAUUGGUCACCAUGUCACUACAGUGAGCAAGAGUAUGAAUUACAAAGCAGUGAUUAUUCAGAGUGGAACCUUAUCACUGAGAGCAAACAACCAAAUGAAUCAACAAAAGAGCCCAAAGAAAAAAAGAGACACAAGUAUGCCAUUCAUUUCAACACAAGGGAGCUGAACUCUAUCCGUCGCUCAGAUCCCAAGCUUGCCUGGUCAUAUGUGGUAUUUAUGCUAAAAGACAGUACCACGCUCCCUGCUUUACAUUUCCACUCUGGGGGAAUACAGGCUAUGAUCAGGACCUUGCAGAGAUAUAUCUGGCUUACAAGGUCAGCUAAUAAUCAUAAGCUCUUUGUGGUUGAUGAGGAACACAAAGCCCUGCGUAAAUCCCUGGACGAGCUCCAGAUUUUCCAGGAAGGGCCACCACCAGCUUCCUACUUGUCGCGAUUUGUCAACAAUGCCUAUUAUGAUGGGAUGGACGCUCUAUCAAAGGUUACACGGUACUUCAGGGAUACAAUGGACAUUAUUCAAGCCACGGGGAUUGAGCAGGAUGACUUGGCCCUCCCACCCCCUGCAGCCCAUUACAAGAAAGAUGCAGAGUUCGAGGAUCUGGGCGCUGUUUCUUGUAGCACAAGGGAACAGCUAAAGCCUACUAUUCCAGCCAGGCGUGACCUGGGAGAAGCACCACAGGUAUCCCGAGAAGAGCCAUUAUCAGAGGAUGAGUGGCGGACGAUGCUGGACAAGUCAGGGCGGGUCAUCAACAUAAAGAAAUUACACGAAAGAAUAUUCAGAGGGGGUAUCUCCCCAUCUUUGCGUGGCGAUGUCUGGCGCUUUCUUCUUGGUUACUACAAAUAUGGCUGCACAUUUGAAUCUCGGAAAACCCUCUGCCGCGCUAAAGAAGACGAGUACCAAACGAUGAAAAUGCAAUGGCAGACAAUUUCUGCCAAACAGGAGAAGCGCUUUGCUGAAUUUCGUGAGCGGAAACAGUUAGUAGAUAAGGAUGUGACUCGAACAGACCGGACACACCCUUACUAUGUGGAGAAAGAGACGGAGAACGACAACGUGCGCAAGCUGUACGAUGUUCUCAUGACAUACUGCAUGUAUAACUUUGACUUGGGCUAUGUCCAAGGGAUGAGCGACCUCCUAUCCCCGGUGCUUUUCUUGGUCGAGAACGAAGUUGAUGCUUUCUGGUGCUUCGUCGGGCUGAUGGAGAAAAUGGCGCAUAACUUUGACGAGAAUCAGGAAGGUAUGAAGAUGCAGCUACAUCAGCUGGGCGUCCUGCUCAAGUUCGUCGAUCCCGGGUUCUACACCUAUCUUGAGAAGCACGACUCUGGGAACUUGUACUUCUGCUUUCGGUGGCUACUUAUCUGUUUCAAGAGAGAGUUCAGCUUCGAUGACAUAAUGACCCUUUGGGAGGCAUUCUGGACGCAGAACUUGUCGCCUAAUUUCCACUUGAUCGUCUGUUUGGCAAUCUUGGACAGGCACAGACAGGUUAUCAUGGAGUGUCAGUUUGGAUUCAACGAGAUUCUCAAGUACGUUAACGAGCUCGCUUACCAGAUAGAUGUCCAGGAGACUCUUAUCAAAUCCGAGACACUAUGUUGCCAGCUUCUCACCCUACCAGACCUCCCAGACGAUGUCCGGGCCAUCGUGUCCGGACGCAACGCGUCGGUCAUGACACCGGACAUCGAGCGACCUGAUCCCUUACUACUGCUCAUGCGCCGACACACUGACAAGCUACUUCCGGUUAAGGAGAACACUGCGCAUGCCUCGACUAAUGGAACCACUGAUACUGCUGACAAUGGACUCUCGGAGUCGGUGAUGAAUGAUUUGAGUAUUAUUAAUAGCGACGGGACUUACCAAGAGGGGGCGGAACCUGGCCAGGGCGUGUCCCUGAACGUCCAGGACCCCGCCUCAGAUGAUGAGAUCAUCGUUCUGUCCGAAGGCGCAGAGAAUAUAUUCUAAACACCAGUCUGAGACACCAUGUUAAAGAAGAGAAACAAAACACAGAAAUACUAGUAUAUCUGUUAACUUGUUAAAAAAAAAAUACACAGAUUUACGCCUUCACUUUAGACCGGGCGGGUCCAGGGGAAUAUUGGGGAGGUGGUGUUGCCCCUUCGGUGGAGAAUCCCUUUGGGCGGAAAUUUUAAGAACGGAGGCCAUACCUUUUUCAAAUUGAUGCCCCCUUUAGAGGGGUUGCCUAUUUCUCAUUCCAAAAAUCAUGAAUCUGCCCUUAACCUGUUAACAUAUCCCUACUCUUUUUUAUUUGAACGUCAUUUCCUCGGCCCCUAGAUACCACUGUUUAGAUACUGCAAUAACAUUUGAAUGUUGCCGCUAAACAACCACAGUUUUGAGUUAUUGAGAAAAAGAGGCUUCGAUAACUGAGGCUAAGGUAUCUUAAUUAAGUCACCGACUAACAAAAAGUGAUGAAAAAACUGCAUAGUUUUGACAAAUUAAUUGGGAACAUGUAUAGAUCUUUAUGAGAUAAACAAAAAAUAAUCAAUGUUAUUAAUGAAAUUAAAAGCUUUUUUUAUUUA